CAGCGAGAUAUAUUAGCAUAUACACUUAUUGUUGAGAAGGUUCAAUUUCAGAAUGCUUACAGAUAGAUCCCUGUACACGUUUUAUUCUGCAGCAUAACGCGAUCAGGAAGGUUUCUGCAAUAUUCCCACUGAACUGCCAGAAUUCGCCUUUUGUGCCAGAACAAUAUAUAAAAUAGGACGAAAUAGCCACUAAUCGAUUGACAUUUCGGUCAUUCUGCGCCACCAGAAGAGUUGCUUCUGAAUCAAGAGAUGGAGGCAAUUAGAACAAGACGUUGACGCUGUUCGUGCCCACGAUAUGAAAUCAAGCCCUGGAUUUGAACAUCUGCAUUAGAAAACAUAGGUCAGGAAAAAAACAACAAUAUGAUACUGCUCUUGACGAUAGCUGGACUUAUUGUGGGUUCUUAUGGCAACCGAAUGGUGGAGGAUCUUUCAAAACAUUUCUGUACCAACAUGGAGCUCAUAGAUCAUGGAAACAAAGAAGUCCAUAAUAGUAGGGUAUGUUUUGACAGAGCUAGAAGACUUGGUCUUAUGAUGAGGAAUAUAAAAGGAAAGGGACCAACAAAGGAAAUCUUAGAUUUUAAUACAGGCAUAAUACAUUCACUUCAUGAGAACACAGGCAGGUGCGACUACAGCUACCGCAAUCCUGUUGGUCAAUCAAUGGUGGUCGAACUCAACGACAAACACAUGAUUGAUGCGGACCUACUUUUUAACAUCAAUAAUAAAUACGAGCAACAGUCUGAUGCGGUUGUCCGAGAUGGUAAAGUUCCCAGUGAUGUAUACAAACUUACAUCUACCGCUCUACAGGGAUUCACAGUCACUUGGUAUUUGUCUAAGAAUGAUUGGACGUUUUCCAAGACACACUUUGAAAAUUCUACAUAUCAACAACCACUAAAAUUGGUAACAGCUGCCCCAGAUGGGACUUGGAGUAUAGAAACGAAUUAUUGGAAUCACGAUGGAAACAGACCUGCCCUUAGCAAUUUUGACCUAGCAAAGUGUUACCAAAGUGAUGAUGCCAACAAUGACAAUAAAACAGAUUUCCAAAUAAUAUUUUUAGCAGAUAACGCUACCACAGAUGCAUCAUUCGAGGAAUUAUUAUACAUAGAUGAUGUCACAGACGCUGUCGUUGAAGCAAUCCAUAAUGCUACAGGGAUCCCACUUCUUAGAUUCUCGCAAACGACAUCUAGGGUAGAAGCUUCAGAUCGUAAAAUCUACCUCACUUCAACAUUGCUUCCUAGUCCACCAUCAACCAGGUUAAGGUUGAUAAGCAGGAAUGAAGCAUGGCGGAAGAUAUCAAAUGCCGUUUUCGCUGGAAAUCUGAAAGUUAUUUUAAAUGAGAUGACACUAACCGCGUCAGAUCUCAGAAAAGACAUACUUAGGUCAGAUGUUCGAGGGCACUUGGUUAAUGAUGUUUAUAUGGGAAAGUUUGGUAAAGACGUUAGUCAGAUGGUGUUUGUUGACCCACUUAAAGUUAUAAAAGGAAUUCCGAUACAGGAAUGUGCUAAGAGAUGUAUAAUGAACCUUGAAUUCAACUGUGAGUCGUUCAACUACUGCCCAAGUGUCGGAGAUUGUCUCCUCAGUAAUCUCCAUAGCCCAGUCAGUGAGAAGACGGGCUCCUUCAAGAACCAUUCUUUCUGCGACCAUUAUACAAGAGCUUAUUCCAAGUCUCAUUUCUCAAACAUUCCUGGAAAAGUAAUCCAGCUCAAGAAUGAUAAAAUUAUUCACCAACACUCGGUUGACUCUUGUGCAAAGGUGUGCUUAGAUGAGACUGAUUUCAAGUGCCAAUCGUUUGACUUCUGUAUAUCAUCGGGUAUCUGCAUGUUAAGUAGACUGCACAUGACUGAUGAAGAAGCUACUGUGUUACCCAUAAAUAACACAUGUGCGCAUUGGUCCAGGUCAUUACUUGGACAGUUUAAACCAUAUCAGGAUAAGUCAAUCCGCAGUGGAGUUACACUAUCAAUUGGUGGUGUCAGCAAAGAAGCUUGCGCCAAAACGUGUUUGGAGGAAACAGAAUUUGUGUGCAAGUCAUUUGAUUACUGCAUGGACGAAACUAAAGUCAGUGUUUGUAACUUUCGGAUGUAUUCACCUGUGGAUCUGGUUAGCAGUGACUUAGCAGACAAUCCAGAGUGCAUUAUUUAUGAGAGGAAAUCCGCACCACAAAGUGGGACAUUGCCCAAAUUCUACAACCCAGGUACGGUUGCUGGUCUUAGUAUUGGAAUGAUGGUUCUGGGAUUACUUCUGGGGAUUGUGAUCAUGUAUGCAGUACAACGGUACAGAAGUAAAAAUACUGGCGGAUGGGGUUUGCAAAUGUUCAAAAAUGAAGAGACAAAAUAGUUUCCUGAACUUUUCUACAGCAACUUUAUAUUGAAAAGCUAAUGUAUAGCUUGACGAACUCCUUGCAAAAGCUUGACCAAUCCAUUGCGGUUUUGAAUAAGAGCAAUAAGAUAUACAGGGCGUAUCAAAAAAACGCAACAAGUAGUUAUCUCGUAAAAUCACAAAACUACAUCAAUUUC